AUGCUUUAAUUUGAUUCUUUAAAUUAUCUAAUAUACAAAAGAAAAAGAUCUAGUAAAAAAAAAUAAGAGGAAGAGCAUCAGGACAUAAGGAAGAUCCUGAAAAAAAAGAAUCAUAAGAAACUUUACAGUUAUUAUUUCAUAAACUUGAUCAUUUAAUUUUGA